GACGCUCUCAAGAUGGCGACUUCUCUGGGUUCCAACACCUACAACAGGCAGAACUGGGAGGAUGCGGACUUCCCCAUCCUGUGCCAGACGUGUCUUGGAGAAAACCCGUAUAUCCGAAUGACCAAAGAAAAGUACGGGAAGGAAUGCAAAGUAAGUAUGUCUGUUAAAGAGUAAUUAUUUCAUUUUAUUUUCCUUUUUUCUACCAAAUUAGCUUUCAACUUGCUGAGCUUUGAGGUCUUCCAGUAAAAGUCAGUGCUACGCAACUUUCAUAUAUCAUUUAUGUACUCAUUGGCUGUUAACUGUUUAGUGUGUGAGAUCUGUGCCAGGCCAUUCACAGUGUUUCGCUGGUGCCCCGGAGUCCGCAUGCGUUUCAAGAAGACUGAAGUGUGCCAAACGUGUAGUAAAUUGAAGAAUGUCUGUCAGACUUGCCUCUUGGAUCUGGAGUAUGGCCUGCCCAUCCAGGUUCGUGAUGCAGGGCUGUCUUUUAAGGAUGACAUGCCAAAAUCAGAUGUCAACAAAGAGUACUACACACAGAAUAUGGAGAGGGAGAUUUCUAACUCUGAUGGAACACGGCCAGUUGGCAUGCUGGGGAAAGCCACAUCCACCAGUGACAUGCUGCUCAAACUGGCCCGGACCACACCCUACUACAAAAGGAAUCGACCCCACAUUUGCUCCUUCUGGGUGAAAGGAGAAUGUAAGAGAGGAGAGGAAUGUCCAUACAGACAUGAGAAGCCUACAGAUCCAGAUGACCCCCUUGCUGAUCAGAACAUUAAAGACCGAUAUUAUGGAAUCAAUGACCCUGUGGCAGAUAAGCUUCUAAAGCGGGCUUCAACAAUGCCUCGUUUGGACCCGCCAGAGGACAAGACUAUCACCACACUAUAUGUUGGUGGUUUGGGCGAUACCAUUACUGAGACAGAUCUAAGAAAUCAUUUCUACCAGUUUGGAGAGAUUCGGACGAUCACCGUGGUACAGAGACAGCAAUGUGCUUUCAUCCAGUUCGCCACAAGGCAGGCCGCUGAAGUGGCUGCGGAGAAGUCCUUUAAUAAGCUAAUUGUCAAUGGCCGUCGACUUAAUGUGAAAUGGGGAAGCUCUUCCCCCUCCUCCUGCAGCAGAGGAAGAAGCCUCUGCCAACUACUUCAACCUGCCCCCCAGUGGCCCUCCAGCUGUGGUGAACAUCGCCCUGCCGCCACCCCCUGGAAUUGCCCCACCCCCACCCCCAGGUUUUGGGCCACAUAUGUUCCACCCAAUGGGACCACCUCCUCCUUUCAUGAGGGCUCCAGGACCAAUCCACUAUCCUUCUCAGGACCCUCAGAGAAUGGGAGCUCAUGCUGGGAAACACAGCAGCCCCUAGCACAUUAUCACCAUUCUGGGGCUCUACAGAAGACAGGGCGCUUAAAAAUCCCAGUAAACGAAUCUUGGAAUAAAUAUAUUUUUCCUUCCUUUGUAGUUUCCAUAGUAGCUGAAUGUGUUCAGAUGUGGGCAGUCAGAAAACAAUAGCCAUGCUUUGAUUGAUGGACCUCAAAUAAGCUGCCAUUGACACAUCUGGUUACUAUAACGUUACUAAUAAAACUUAAUGCCUGUUCCCCUUCUAUGGGGAGCAAGCAGUGGGGUGAAUUGGAAUAUCCAAUGGAGUUUCCAUCCCAAUUAUAUGUUCAUUUUGUAUUAUUUUUUGGAGGGGGGGGGCAUUAACCUGCGGAAAGAAUCUUUUGACCGUUUUUAUGUCCAUUAGGUAUUUUCCUUUUUAUCAUCUAAAAAAAGAUUACUAGUACUAAUCAUUGUAGUGGCAUAAAUGUGAUUUUACACUUCUGAAGUCACACCCUCAGAAAGACAAGUGGAAUCCAGCAGGCAGCUCUGCCCAGGUCUCUACUUAACCUCGCCUUCCCUCAUUGAUGGCUAAAGGAAUCUGGCUGAUAAGUUGUACUUCUCUGCGCUACCAAAAGAGACAACAAUAAAAAUUACUUUGUAUUCCUUUUGGGUGGAAACAAAUGUCAUGAAGCUGUGUAUCAUUGAAGAAACCUGGUGUCUGGGAUGAAAUUAUUUUAAAGAACUUCCUGUAAAACACUUUAAUAGACUGAAACGAAAAGCUUUGGAGUGUGUUUGAAUGGAAGACUUGUGACCUCGGCUGGAACUUUGAUCUUCAGCAUUCACCUUCAUGUGUCUCAUUUUAAUUCCCCGCUCUGGGCAGGGAACUCUGUUUGCUCUUAGGAUGUUUGGAUAUAACUGAAUUGUAGAUGGUAAAACAUAAUUUGAUGUUGUGUUGUGUUUUAUUUUUUUGUUUUUAAAAAAUUAAAACGGGUAAAUUUUCCAAAUGU